AUGUAAGCCUAAGUUCAAUUAAAAUGGAGUGAUUUAUAAAAGGAUGAUAACAUUCUUCAAAAUUAUGAUUAAUGUAAACAUAUAUAAAUUUAUAAUUAAGAACCUAAAUUAGCAUAUUUAGAAGAGAAUGUAAAAAAAGUGAACAAAGUAAGAUUCAUCAUAGGUUCUUCAUAAACUCUUAAAGUGAUGAUUGGUAUAUGUGAUAAGAAGAUUCGUUAAUAAAGAGGAAUGAUAUUUUAGGAUAAAUCAUUUGUAGGACAUGGUACUUACUUACUCUAUUCUGUGAAUUCUUAUAAUUCAUGUAAUAAGUUAAAUAUGUAAAGUCUUGUUUAGUCAUUGGGAUUUGGAAGUAAAUUAUAAUGAAGGUGGAUUUGUAAUGAAAAAAGAUGAUUAGAUUGAAGUUUCAUUUAACUUAGAUAAUAGAAUCUUAAAAAUAACAGAUGUUAAUAAAACAGAAAGAAGUGUAGAGUUUUAAACUGAACAUCAUAAUAUGGAAGAUCUUCACUUAUGUGUGGUAAUAAUUGAUGGGGAUGUGUAAUUUUAUUAAUGA